AUGUUCUCGCUUUCCGGCAAGACAGCCGUCAUAACGGGCGCGAGUCGAGGUAUAGGCGCAGCCAUGGCGAUUGCUUUGGCCGAGGCUGGUGCAGAUAUCAUUCUCAUUCAGCGCGAUGAAAGCAACAAGAAAACAUAUAAUCAAAUCCAACAACUCGGACGAAAGGCCACGAUAGCCACGGCAGACCUGUCCGACCAGGAAUCCGUAUCGAAGACCAUCCCGGACCUCGUGAAGGCUGGCCAUGACAUGCACAUUCUAGUGACGUGCGCAGGGAUUCAGAAACGACAUCCCGCGCACCAAUUCCCUCUUGACGACUGGAACACUGUGCUACAAGUCAACCUUACGACGGUGUUCACACUAUGCCGCGACUUUGGCGCCUAUCUCUUGUCAAAACCCGCACCGCCCUCACACUCGCAGUCACGAGGAGCCAUCAUCAACGUGGCCUCUCUCUUGACGUUCCAAGGCGGGAUCACCGUGCCGGCGUACGCCGCGUCCAAAGGCGGCGUGGCUCAACUCACGAAAGCGCUCAGCAACGAGUGGGCAAAGGAAGGGAUCAAUGUCAACGCCAUUGCGCCGGGGUACAUCGACACGGACAUGAAUGAGGCAUUGAUUGCGAAUGAGACACGCGCGAGGCAGAUUCUCGAAAGGAUCCCCGCGGGACGAUGGGGGACACCCGAGGAUUUCAAGGGCGCUGUGGUCUUCCUGGCGAGUGACGCGAGCCGUUAUGUCAGUGGAGAAGUUUUGACUGUUGAUGGAGGAUGGAUGGGGCGAUGA